AUGCCAUUUAAUCAAGAUAGCUUUGGCGCCGGCUUCGCGGCUGGCCUUAUCAGUGCUCUGGCCAUUGCCGCUGUCAUUGCUUUUGUGAUAAUGCGCAUGAGCGACAUCUAUGGCCUCGGACACUGGAAACUCAAUAUCACGUCUCGUCCAGGAUCCAUGUGGAUGAAUGUGGGAUAUUGGAAAACACUUCAAGGCGCGCCAAUUGAGAAAUUUCCCGAGGCUUGCUCUGCCCUUCUCGACCAGAUUGUCCUCGCCGCUGGCUUACUGGACAACGAGGACGAUUCAGGUGCCGUUUCUGGUUCUCGGGGCAGUCUCGCGAUUCUCGAUUUGGGCUUCGGCUGUGGUGACCAAACUUGGCAACUCGCUAAGCUGUCCCAAGAUCAGGGCUGGAGAGACUUUCGCUACGUUGGUCUCACUCUCAAUGACGCACAGGUUCAGACGUCGCGACGUAGGAUCUACCGCGAGAUCGCUACGGCAGGCAAUAGCAUCGAUAUUAAUGUGGACUCGUUCAGCUUGUUCUGCGCCAACGCCGCGAAACCUGGGACGUGGAACCCCCAGGUCACCGAGGCUGUCUGGUCGCUCGCAGAUGAGAAGUACACGGAGCGAUGGCUUCUUGCUCUAGAUUGUCUGUAUCACUUUUCACCUUCAAGAAAGCCUGUUCUCAAGCACGCGGCGAAAGAACUGGAUGCCAACUUCAUGGCGUUUGAUCUACUGCUCAACGAAAAGGCAUCUACUACUGACGUCUGGAAAGCCAGAUUAAUUGGCAAGAUGAUGGGCUGCCCGAUUAAAACCUUUCUUUCCGAGGCCGAGUACAGAGAUCAACUGGUUGAGUGCGGGUACGACCGCAACGAGAUCACUAUCAAGGAGAUUACCGAUGAUGUCUUUUCUGGCCUGGUCAAGUUUCUCAAUCGCCAAGAUCAAUUGCUCACCGAGUAUGGUAUAUCAAUGGCUGGGUUCAAAUUAGCUGGAAGAUUGUUUAAUUGGUUCGACAAGUCUCGCGUUGUGAGGGCAGUAGUCGUUGUCGCGCGGACAAAGAGCAAAAUAGGGUAG